GGGUACAGGCGGCAGAGGCGCGGGGACGGGCGGCUGGUCGGACGGACCGGCCGCCCCGCUGCGGAGACGCUCCCGGCCUCGGGCCGCUCCCGGCGCCGCGCCCCGCGCCAGCCCCGCUCCGCGCGGGCACCUCCCACCGCCGCGCCUCCGCCCUUAGCAACCCCCCCGCGGCGCCGGGCGGCCGGAGCCAAUGGGAGGGGGCGGCGGCACGUGGGCCAAUGGGCGGCGGCGACAGUGCGGGGUGCGUUGCCAGGGGCGGGGCCGGCUGCCGUCCAGGCUUGCCACCCUAGCGGCGGCGUCGCGGGCCGGGCGGUGGCUGCCUCCGCCGCAGCGGCGGGGAUGGAGGCGUCGCGCUGCCGGCUGGGAUCCCGCGGGGACAGUGCCUUUGAAGAUGAGACCAUGAAGCUUCGCCAGCUGAAACUAGAUAAUCAGAGAGCACUCCUGGAGAAGAAGCAGAGAAAAAAGCGCCUUGAGCCACUCAUGGUACAGCCAAAUCCAGAAGCCAGGCUCCGUCGGUCAAAGCCAAGAGGUAGUGAGGAGCAAACUCCUUUAGUGGAACCGCGUACCCCACAUAAUGAUGUCAUCCUGCAUGGCAUUGAUGGCCCAGCUGCCUUCCUGAAGCCAGAUGCUCAAGAUUUGGAAACCAGACUUCAUGUUCUCUCAGUGGGUUCUGCGGCUUUGGAGGAGGAUGCCGAAGGAAGUGUCGACGGGGAGAGCACUUUGGAUACUGCUUCCAAACCGGGUCUUCAGGAGAUCCUCCAAAAACAUGGUAUCUCAGGUAGUUUGAACUUUGAUGAGGAGGAGUCUGAUGGGGAGGAAGAAGAGGGAAGAAAAUUAAGAUCUCAUUCACCAUAUUCAGAGGCAGAGAGACCCAGUUCUGCAUCCAGCCAGAAGUCGACCACAGAUACAGGAGCUUCUGGUACUGCAGCCCAACAAGUUGAUAACCAGCUGGGAGAAGUGGAGAAUCUAGAGGACUUUGCUUACAGUCCUGCCCCCCGAGGUAUCACAGUCAAGUGUCGGAUAACCAGGGACAAAAAAGGAAUGGAUCGGGGUCUCUUCCCCACUUACUAUAUGCACUUGGAAAAGGAUGAAAACAGGAAGAUAUUUCUUCUUGCAGGUAGAAAACGGAAAAAGAGCAAAACAUCCAACUACCUUAUCUCGACUGACCCAACAGAUUUGUCUCGUGAAGGGGAAAGUUAUAUUGGCAAACUCAGAUCCAACCUCAUGGGGACCAAGUUUACAGUUUAUGACCAUGGUGUCAGCCCAACCAAGGCCCAAGGUCUGGUAGAAAAGGCCUACACCCGGCAGGAGCUGGCAGCCGUCUGUUACGAAACAAAUGUGCUUGGAUUUAAAGGCCCUCGGAAAAUGUCUGUGAUCAUUCCAGGGAUGAAUAUGAAUCAUGAGCGGAUCCCAUUUCGGCCACGAAAUGACCAUGAGAGCUUGCUUUCAAAAUGGCAAAACAAAACUAUGGAGAACUUGAUUGAACUGCACAACAAGGCGCCAGUCUGGAACGACGACACUCAGUCCUAUGUCCUGAACUUCCACGGCCGGGUCACUCAGGCGUCCGUGAAGAACUUUCAGAUAGUCCACGACAAUGACCCUGACUAUAUCGUCAUGCAGUUUGGACGUGUGGCAGAUGACGUGUUCACACUGGACUACAACUACCCACUGUGUGCGCUGCAGGCCUUUGCCAUUGGGCUUUCUAGCUUUGACAGCAAGCUGGCGUGUGAAUGAGAGGGAAGCAGGCACUGGGCUUCCUCACUGCAGAGCUCUCAGGAGCAGAUAGUGGCCUCCCUUGCUCUUGCCCCAGGACAUGAAGAGCAACAGUCCGCCCCUUUUGGAAUAAUCCCUGUAUGUAUGUAUGUGUAUGUGUGUGUAUACACGUGUGUAUGUAUACAUAUAUAUAUGUGUAUACACACACACACACCUACUUCUCUGGGUUUCACAGACCGGAUCAGGGAUUACAGCUUAACAUGGGUGAGAGGUUGUUCAAAGCACAGAGAGGUUCUUGUUCAGAGCACACUGGUGACUCCUGAGGUUAUCGUUCAACAGAUUCUCUGCCUCUGGAGUCAGAUUUCCUGUGCUUGGAAACUUGCAGCUGGAAUCAAGUCCUAAUGAUUAAAUACUUGGGUCUCUUUUUGAAGACCUUUUCAGAGAGGGACAGUUCCCUGAAUUGCCUUUAGUCUCCAGGUCUGCAGACGACUUCUGUAAACUGCCAGAUAGUCUCUUUGACAGCUACUCACUCUGCCAUUGUAGUGCAGAAGCAGCCGUAGCCAUUUCAUAAACGAAUGAGUGUGGCUGUAUUCCAGUGAAAUUUUAUUUACAAAAACAGGCAGCAAGCCAGAUGCGGCCUGUGGGCUGUGGUUUGCUGACCUCUGUUUCAGGUAUAGCUCUAUGAUUACGGGCUUGGGCAUGUUCCAAAGUGGGCCUGUGGUCGUGAGAUCGUGUGAGUGGGAAAUGGAUAUCUAGGAAGCAGCAGUCCUACAGACUGGAUCUGAAGAGGUACUUGGCUGCACCCACUGUUACACGGCCUUUACCUUGUUUUGGUGAUGCUGGUUUCUAGAGUAUCAUUUACCAUCAGAACUGGGAAACCCAGUCAGUGACCAUGUUGAGUGCACACAGGUGGUUUAGUUCCACUGUCCUACCCAACUUAACCCAUGGGAGAAGGCGUUGUCAGCUACUUUACCCCCCUAAGAGAAGAACUUCUGCUCACUAGGAAACACAUCUAGCGUUGUGUUGUCUUUGUCACAGGGAGCGUGGUAUUUGCUUCUUAGAGCCAGCUUGUUUCCCCUGGGGCUGGGAGAGUAGUGAUGUUACAGUCUCCCUCUUCCCUUUCUUCCUGGGAGCAGGCUGGCUGUCACCAAUCUCUGUCAGAGUGGUUAUGGCCAAAUUUGUGAUCAAUGAUGUGAGAAUUUUAUAUAAUUGUCUUAAUUUCAGUUUAUGCUGAAAACAUAAACUCUAGAGAGAACUUAGUCUAGUUAAGACUGAGAGUAAUUUGACAGUUGCCUUCACUUUCAACCCAGGAGUGCCUCCCACAGCUAUGUUAAUUACCGUGGAGCCAUUAAUAUAGAGGGACACUCACACCUGUAGAGAGUGUAAGAGGUAAGAAAACACUAUAUAUCGAAACUUGUCAUUGUCAUUAUCAAGAGAGGUGUCAGCGGAGGCUUUGGUGAGGACCAGCUAGCUGACUCUUAAGCUCUGCACACCUUCCUGGGCAGAGCUUUGGG